AAGAUUCAAAACAUUGCAUAUUAACGGGAUACCUAAUGCGAUGUUAUUUUAUUGUAUAUUUGUCUAGCCUGUUUUCGGCACAGAGCUAUAAAACUUAUCUGUUUUUAUUCGAUUUUUGGACAUGGAAUCAUAUCAAUUUGACAUGUAGGCUUGCUUAACGCGUUGUGGAAUCUUCAGCUUUGAAGUUCUGUGAGAGGGGUUAAAAUCUUGGCAUUGUUCCGCUACAACAGACAUGGCGUGCGUAAAAUCGGCGUCAUUCCUUCUCCUGUUCUUUGCUUUUUUAACGAUUUCGACUGAUUCUAGGAAAACUGCCCGAGAUCGGGCUCACAAUAUUCGCAGGAGACGCAGCUUGUUUCAGUUGGCAAAUAUGAUGAAAUGUCUAAUACCUCAACGACCAUGGACGAAGUAUGUCGCUUAUGGCUGUUACUGUGGCCCCGGAGGCGAGGGGAUUCCUGUAGAUGAUGUAGACAGAUGCUGUCAGGCGCACGAUACGUGUUACGACAAAGUUUCCAGUAACUAUUUCUGCGGAUUCCCAGGGGCCAUAUACUUCGCACAGUAUAGAACACUCAGCUCAAGAAAUAUGCCGGGAUGUCUCACGUGCGACAAGUCAAACGAUUCCUGUCACAUGCUCCUGUGCUCUUGUGACGUCACCCUGGUGAAAUGCCUCGCGAACAAGAAAUUAAAUAAGCAGUUCAUCAGUUACAGGAAAACUAAAUGCUUUGAGACGCAAUAUGAAAUGCACACAGAUCAGCACUUACAGAAAUAACCUCACUGAAUUAUGUAGAAUAGGGUAUCCUUUAUCAGAGCCGUAGCAGACCACGUAAGCUUUGGGGGGGAGGCACAAUACAGAAACAUUAAGAAAAUAUUAGGGUGCACAGCCACGACCCUACUGGUCAUUUCCUUAUGUUUUUUGAAAAUAUUGGGGGGCAUAUGCCCCCCAGUGCCCCACCCCUGCUACGGCACUACGGCACUAACACUCAGGCAUUUUUAUGAUGAAAAUGUUACAAGAUUUUAAAUACUGCAUGAUAGUUACAAUCCUCUAAACAGCUGCGUUGAAAUUAGCCUGAUUUAUCAGACGUGAUCGUUUGUGAUCGUUCGUUUAACUUCCUCUCCUUGAGGAAAACAAAUCAAGCUACUUGGAAAGCUGUCUUCAAUGUAUCUCAUUUUUACUUUUAAUAUUUGGUGACGAAAAAGGCAUUUCAAUGCUAUCCCAGAAAAAGGGAGUCAAAACGAAUGAUGAAUAAAUUAUUAAUCAAUAUCAAGCAAUUAUGCAAUUAUCUAAAAUACCAAAGUGCCUUCAAUCAAAUGGCUUCCAGUCAUUGGUUAUGUCAAUCAAUUCAAUGGUCGAACCAUCGUCCUCAAGUCCAUCUUACUCUGCGAUUUUGAGAAUCGUCAAUUUUCAAAAUGCUCAAACCGCAGUCCCGUACGUGACAGGGGGUUGGGGGUGCGCAGGACGUGGGUACACAGGGUAGGGGGGCUGGGCAGGGCGCGCGUGCAAAUAGUUUCCUGAAUCUCGAUUUAGGAACGCGCGGGUUCGUUGUUUUGCGAACGCAUGAGCAAGAACGGACGAGUGAGUCAGCCAAAUAGUUUCCUGAAUCUCGAUUUAGGAACGCGCGGGUUCGUUGUUUUGCGAACGCAUGAGCAAGAACGGACGAGUGAGUCAGCCAAAUAGUUUCCUGAAUCUCGAUUUAGGAACGCGCGGGUUCGUUGUUUUGCGAACGCAUGAGCAAGAACGGACGAGUGAGUCAGCCAAAUAGUUUCCUGAAUCUCGAUUUAGGAACGCGCGGGUUCGUUAUAUGCGUUUUAUCUCUGGAAAUCAUAACAAGAACGUAAACAUUUAGCAGGCGCGUAUUCAGAAUUAGCUGUGGGGGGAGUGGAGUUUUAAUUGAAAAUUUUAAAGUACUUAUAAUAAGUUAUUUCUGAUGACGAGUAUAUAUAUAUAUCCAUGUAAACCCUCAAAAUUAAUUGAUAUAGAAAAAGAAAAGCAGGUAUCAAAGACAUGUUGCAUUGUGAAUAAAACUUCAUAGGCUAAGAGGUACCCAUUAAAGUGAGUAAAAUUG